AUGUGCUCCCGAUGUGGUGGAUCAAACAGUUCUAGCCCGAGGAGGACACCGUACUCCAGGGCCGAAAGGCAAGCGCCGUCACGGCCGCCGCCGAUCGUCGUCCAGCCGCAACGUUCGGUGUUCCGUGAUGCUGCUGCUGUGGCGGGCGGCGUUACUGUCGGGACCACAAUGGGUCACAUAGCGGGUGAGGCUAUCAGCAGCCUGUUCACCGGUCGCCGGCGCCAGGAGGUGGUGGAGGUGCUACCCCGCAACUAUUCCAUGGAUCAGCCGCCGUCCGGUCCCUGCGCCUACGAGAUAGCCACGUUUCUCAACUGCGCGGCGGACCAUCAGGACCUGACUGAAUGCGCUGCUUUCAAUGAGGCGCUUAAGCAGUGCAAGAAGCGACAUGGUUAG